AUUUGGCGAGUGACGAUGGCAGGUGAUGCGGCUGCCGUCACGGCGCCUUUGCCGACGUCGGUGGCAUCCACUGCUCCACAUGCACGAGGACUGGUGCGUAUCCUUCUUCAACUUGAGGGUGCAACCUUACUCGUGGCUUGUGUGGUGGCGUACUACCGACUACAAGGCAAUUGGUGGGUGUUCGCGGCGGGGUUUUUCGCCGGCGAUCUGCUCUCUGUCGGGUACGCGUUUGGACCUGCCGUCGGCUGCACAAUGUACAAUACGUCGCACACGUUUGUUGGCCCUACUCUGAUGGCGACUCUGUACUUGCUCUGGACCGACCACACAUGGCUUGGGUUGGUCGCUGCCAUUUGGGGAGCCCACCUCGGUUGGGAGCGCUCGUUAGGGUACGGAUUGCGGUACCCCGAUGGGUUUACAAGCACGCACAUCACUGUGGACCAAGAUCCUGUCGAGUAUGUGCAGCACCUAUUGGAACCAACGAAGGCCACCAACGAAGGCACUGCCAGGUCUGGGAUUUCCACAACCACAGUGCCGAAUUACCAAUCCACCGCUCCUGCUACUGCUCGAGACGACCAAGUGUAAUCUUACAUGUAAAUACUCCUGGACAAGAACUCACACCCAUCGAGCCGAGUUCGUAGCGAGUUCUGCCGUCAGCGGUAUUUCGGGUCAAUCAAACAACUUACAGUUAAUUACCAUUGCGACAACAUUUCCUAAUAAUUUCGAUGAUCCAAGAAAUGGUUUAAUUCGCUUCCUGAUUGUGUUGUAUGAUAACUCGAAAUAAAUAUGUAACGUUAACAGCAA